GUCAGUAACGUUACAUGUUGUGGAGGCUAGACUGGCUGGCGACGCGGAAAUAAAAGUUAGUUAAAACCACGACAGUCUUCCAGAUUUUUCCACCUGUUACCAGGACAAUUCGUGAGAAGCUUGGAGACAACCUCGGUGAGAAAAGUUGCGGUUACUACUUCUGACAUCCCGAAGUUUUACAAAACUCCGACAAUCUGCGAAAAACGCCAUGGCAGUGUCUAAAAUGACUUUACUCGCAGCGCACUUGGCUGUCUUGUCGAUUGUCAUAAUCCAACAAGGACGGGUGAGAGGACAGCCCCUUCCACCAGUGUGUCAGGUUUGGAGCUCAACGACUGUAGUGUGUCGAGGUGUGUAUCCCUGGGGAAAGUUAACCCAGUCAACGCUAACCCAAGUACCGCCCGGCAUCCCCAAGUCUGUCGUCACUCUGGAUCUCAGUCUAAACGAAAUCAGAACACUGCACCGCGGUUCUUUUACGGGGUUGAAAAACCUGACGUAUUUAGAUUUGUCCGAUACAGACCUUAGCACCAUAGAGCCCGGUGCCUUUGCUGGGCUCGAGAAUUUGGAACGACUCAUUAUCUCAAAGGCAAGUACAGAAUACCCGUUUUCUCUACAAAAUGGACAAGUUUUCAAAGGUCUGUCCAACCUAAGGUAUUUAGAUCUUAGUGUGAACUUUGUCAACGACCUGUCUGAUCAUAGCUUCGAUUAUUUGACGUCAUUGGAAGAAGCAAAAAUAGUGGAAUUAUACUGGGGCCCAGUGGAGGACCGGAACACAACAAUAGAAAGGAUCAGCAAUGGGAGUGGAUUCUUACAACGAAACCUACUGUGGGCACCGCUAACGAAACUUAAAACUUUGCGUCUCUAUUAUCUAAGAAGAGCCAGCGAUCUCUUCUUCGGACCUGUAUUUGGAAACAUGCCGAACUUAGAAACACUUCAAAUAAAUUCGUCUGAUAGAAACAGUUUUGAUGUUCAGAUGUUCCAGCCGCUUCUGUCAACUUUGAAACAUUUAAUGUUGCAAAUUAAUAGAAUUACUUUACACAUACAGCCAGGCCUCCUGGGGUUAUUCACAAAUCUGCAGACCCUGGAAUUCCCUAAGUGGGUCCCGUUUUCCUACAUUUCAGACGUACUGCCUGAACUCAAUGCCACACAGAUACAAGAGUUAACAUUUGCUAUGCGAGGAAUAGACACAAUGACACCCGAUACUCUGGCGGCAAUAAAGGGUUUGACAAAUUUGAAAGCCUUGUCUUUACGCUCUGUACAAGCUGUAGAACCCAACGGCUUCGCGAAUUUCUCAUACUUACACAGGCUGCGUCUGACGGAAGGAUCGUUGGAGACUUUGCCAAACAUGGCGUUCAAUGGCUUAUCGGCACUCACUCAUCUGGACAUGCGACAUAACCACAUUUCUUAUUUACCUCUGGGCGUAUUUGAAGGACUAUCGUCCCUUGACCACAUUGAUCUAAGUAAUAAUCAACUAGACACCUCUGAAGCUCAGCUCCCACAGACCUUGGACUAUUUGGAUCUGAGUCAAAACAACUUUAACAACGACGUUUCAAGUUGGCAUCUUCGCCGAUGUUUCAACCCGAUAUCAGUUAACUUUGAAGGCGUGAAACUCGUUCGGUAUCUGAACAUGAGUUACAACAAACUAGUCUUUGUUGACAUUGCAUGUUUUCCCGGGAGUGUUGUGGUGCUCGAUCUGCAGCACAACGGCAUAUAUCAGUUCAGAGGUAUUGGCAUUAACGUUGUAUUUGCCAUUCCGAGUUUACGGUACCUCGACCUUUCUCACAAUGACAUCAAGAGCAGCUGGCCCGAUGUAAGAAUACCAAAAACAACUCUAGAAACGCUCAAGAUGGAUAACAAUGCUAUCAAUGGAGUCAACUGGGGGAAUACGGGAGGUCUGGUUAGACUAGAAACGUUGACUCUCUCUCACAACCACAUCCGUAUUAUUGGGAGAGGAGACUUCCAAAUGCUGGUCCAACUGACACAUCUGGAUCUCAGUCACAACGAGAUCAACACCGUGAGACCAUCCGCUUUCCGUGGUCUAUCGCGGCUACAAAUCCUAGAUCUAGUUACAACCAGAUACAGAAUAUAACGAUGACGACAUUUGAAGAUUU